CCCUGCCCCGGAUCGGAGGAGCGGCUGGGACAGGAAGAGGUGACGCAGGCCUGGCUUGGAGUCAGCCGUCUGCUUCACUGCACAUCUGUAAGCAAGAGACCAAAAAAGGAAAGUGAAAGUACAGCCAUUUCCCAAUAAGCCCUGCGGGCUUCCUGCAAGCACUGCCUUGGCCGUUGGCACUUCUCUGCCUGCCUCAUUUAACCUGGACCUAGUUUUGCAAUCAGGGCCUUUCCCGGGUGAGCAGAACCAGCUGGAGACUCUGCACUUCAUGUUGGGCCUCCUGCAGCCCAGACGCUCACGAGCCCCCGCUGGACCAAAAGCCCCCGGAGAGAAAAUCCUUUGACUCCCGGUGACACCGCUGAUUCUCCCACGGACAAAACGAUCAUGGAUUUGGUGCUGCAGAGUCUGCCGGACAGCCAGGCAGGGAGUAGGGCUGACAUUCCUCCAUGUGAAGAUGGGGAACAAGAUCUGUCAGCUGAAGAAAGAAUGUUUCUGGAAGAGUUUCCCAUCUUGAAAGAGGAGCUAGAAGUGGACAUCGGCAAGCUCUGUGCCCUGGCAGACAACGCUGACACCACCCACAGAACAUCUGCCAAGAUCAGAAUGGUGGCCAACUCCAUCACCGUGGUCUCAGGAGCCGUGAGCAUCCUAGGCUUGGCCCUCGCUCCAGCAACAGCAGGAGGAAGCCUGCUGCUCUCUGCAGCUGGGAAAGCUUUGGGGACAGCAGGGGAGGUCACCAACAUCUUGAACGAUGCUUUGGAGAGCUUCCGCAAUCGAGAAGCCCAAGGGAAGGUCAGUGGCCUGAUGCCCACCUGUGGCCAAGACGUCAGGAAAACUGGGACAGACUACAUCACGGAUGCCGGAAAAGUGGUCCAGAUUUGUGCAAGCGCCAUCAAGGAUAUCCAGAAGGACAUCCGUGCCUUUCAGACAGCCAGAGCCCACCCGCGCCUGGCUGCUGCCGCCAAGCAUCUCCUGACCACUGGCCAGGUCUCGGCCCAAAAGAGCAGGCAGGUGCAAAGGGCCUUUGAAGGUACCAUGCUGGUGAUGAAAACAAAUGCUCGCUUGCUGGGUAGUGUGAAGGCUGGCUUCUCCCUUGUCAUGGACUUGGCUUCCCUCCUGAAGGACUGGCAGAGGCUGAAGGACGGAGCAAAAACAGAGCUUGCAGAAGAGCUCAGGGCCCAGGCUUGGGAGCUAGAAAGGAAGCUGACAGAACUCACCCAGUGCUACGAGAACCUGCAGCAGAAGAAACUCUUGCAAGAAAAAAAGCCUAUGAGCUCAUCUUCAGAGGGAACCAUGGGAACUGUGCCUCUGCCCGAGGCCAGGCUUGAGGAAGCAGGAUGCCCGGUGACAGGAGAGGACACAAAGGCAGUUGAGCCCAAGGGCCUCUGAGUGGAAUAAAAGGGGAUCAGGGUGGGGGUGGGCACGGUUGGCAGAGGAGAUGCCUGGAGGCUUACCAGCUGGGAGGUCCAUGAGGGGUCUGAGGGCACUACCAGUUAGUGAGUGUCACACAGUCGCCAGUGGAGUUCAGUCCCUCCCCGCCCUCCUUCCUUCACACGUGUAACUCAUUCCCUUGACUUCCGCCCCCCCACUCAUUCAGUUGCAUGCAGUCAGUUGGCUAAACACACAUGGUUCGACGCUGAGCUCUGCAUUAAGCACUGACCUAAGACGGGAGGGUUCCUGGGGUGAAGGGCACAUUGUGUUCUCUCUUAUAUCAGCUCACCUUGUGUUUCCUCUGGGUGCUCCUCCUCCCCAACCUGGGCAGUAAUUACUGGAGAAGAUCCUGGGUUUGCACAUAAAAGGAUGUCACAGGAAGGGGCCCCUCUGUCCACCCCACGACACAAGUUCUUGGAGCCUCUCAGGACCCUGGAGGCUGUAGGACCGCUCCUGAAUGCCCAGUUCACCCCUCUUACACAUUUUUUGUUUGUUUGUUUGUUUUUAUGUUUCAGCUGCUAUUUUAAAAGGAGGGCAUGAACAUUAAAUACAACUUCUUAAAAUUCAGGAAAGUGAAAAAUAGGUGGAAAAAUAAUGCCCCAGUCCAGGGUGACAACUGCUGGUAUUUUGAUGUAGAGGUUUUCUUCCUGUGCUUGUCCUGCUUUGGGCGUCACUGCUUGCUGGGGACCCCCCCUCAAGGAGGCACUGUAAAACAUAGAUUUCUUUUCUGUAACCCACUGGGUUUUCUUUCUCUUUCAUUCUCAAUCCCUUCAUUUGACUACAGAUCUAUAACUUUCAUUUUGCUGUGUUUACUUAGCAAUGUUUUCUACCAUUCCAUGUUCCACUUCAUUUUUUACAGAUAUUUUUUAUGCUGCAAAAUAUUCUCUUGAGCCGACAUACAUGCUUUUAAUUAGACAUAUAUUAGUCAUCACUUCUUUAAGUGGCCCAAACCUAUUCAAACUGGCUUACGCAAAAGAGGAAUUUAUUGGCUUCCAUACUUAAAAAUGAAUAUGUAUGUAUAUGUAUGACUGAAGCAUUAUGCUGUACACCAGGAAUUGACAUAACAUUGUAAACUGACUAUACAUCAAUUUAAAAAAAUAUAUAUGUAUGUAUGUGUGUGUGUGUGUGUGUGUAUAUACAUAUAUACAUACACAUGCAAAAAAAAGCGCUUAGGGGAACAGUGGGCGUCAGGUAUGUCUGGAUCCUGAGGAUAAAAAUGAUGUCAUCAGGCGUCUGUCUUUCCGUUUCUCAGACACGCUUCCACCAGGUUCAGGCACUUUGGCCUCAGCAUCCCCAGGUGCGCCCACUCCCAGCUGGGGGCGCCCAAGUAGAAAGGGGCGGGGCAAGAGUCCAGGGACCCACUCUGAUUGGUCAGGACUGGGUCAUGUGACUUUGCCUGCGCUGCUUGCUAGGAUGGGCUACAGGAACUGCCUUCGGAUCUAAGGGUUUUAAAUCCUUGCGAUCCCACACCGCAGCCAUGUGCUUCCUGUUUUGGUUGCUCUCAUUCCCUUGUUAUGAGCGAAACCGUAAGUAAACAGCUUUCGCCCCUUUUAAUAUUUUCUCUUAGUGUGUGUGCGCAUCCUCGAAGUUCCAAAUAAACACGAUCAAUAAUAAUACCUGCAUGAAAUAUGCAGUCGCUAAACUUGGGAGGGGGGAGUCUGCUUGUUCUGUGAGAAGUUCGGAAGAAAAAAAAGAAAAGAAUGAAUCAGAGGAGAUUAGAGACUCACCUCUGAUACUGAUUUGCUUGGUCUCCUUUCUGAGUUUUGGUUUCUUCAAGCCACGAAGUAAGUGUAGCCUGAAUAAAAUCCAGGACCGCAUCUGGGCGCAGAUUUGCAGCGCCUGGCUCACCGCAGUCCAGGAGAAAAUACCCUUGAGGGAAACUCGAAUCUUUACUAUUGCUCUGAGCCAGCAUCAGAGGGGGCGGGAGAACCUUAGGUUCACUCGGCUUCUGCUUCUCUCAUUUUUAGACUCUUCCAGGAGGGGCAGAAGCUCAGAAGAGACUUUCCUCUUCCCCUGUGUCUCCAGCCCUUACUUCCCGACUCACCGCCCAAGCAGCCCUUCUCUUUCCCUCCCUGAAAUGCCUUCAGCCCCCAGCUGCUUCCCUCUUCGGAUCAUGUUCUGCUGGUGAACAAAUGGCUUUUCCUCGUUUUCUCUCCCCACUAGUUAAGUCUUUGUCCUCCUCCAAGAGAAGGCAUCAACUCCCCGUGGUACUCAGGGCAACCCCGCCCCCACCACUGUCCCCCUCGCCCUUCUGGGUUGAGUGGGGUUCUGCAGGGGCGCCCCUGAGGCGUUCCAGGCCCCUCCACCACGGUCGGUCGGGCAUCCUGGGAAACCUAUCAGUUCUGAGGUGUGAUCUGUGUUUCUUAAGAGGAGGAAGAUACACACAUUCACAUGCCCAGGUGAGAGGGGAGCCUUCUGCCAGCAGAUGCCCCUCAGUGCCGCAACUGACACAGUGCAGAGCUCUUCCAAAGUGUUGGGCCUUCCAGAGUGGCCAGAGAAUUUGUCCCGCCCGUGCUCAGAUCUGUGACUGCAGCAGACAGGGGUCAACAGUCCAGCUCUUGACCCGUCCGCCCACACCGCAGGAAAAUCGGGGAUCUCAGUCACUUCGCUGAACCCCAGGAUCGCUGGGGAGGGGGGAGCUUUGGGAACCUCUCGGAUCCAGCUCCAGAUCCCUCAGCGCCUGACAAGCUGGGGGUGGCCUCCAGGGGCCUCUGUGUGUCAUUUCAGCCGGUCCAGGCCCACUCUUACCAACCAUACGCUUCAGCUGGUUCUUGAAUUUGUGAUGAAACAUGCAAGCUAUUAUCAGCUAGAAAUCACACAACCUCAGGUCUAAAAUCUAACUUUCAACCGAAAGAAGACAGAAAGGCCAUUGUGUUCUAGGCAACGUGUAAUGUUACCUUCAAAGAAAUAGCAGUCUGGGGGGAAGUAUAUUCCAAAGCAAUCUGAACCCUUUCUUCGUCUCUCAAGAAGAUGAAAAGGUGUGUGUUGGGGGGAACCGGGAUGAAGGGAGAGAUUUUUUUUUUUUAAUUGAAGUAUAGCUGAUUUACAAUGUUAUGUUCAUUUCAAAAGAUAUUCUUAAUGCAUACUUAUAAUUGACUUAGACAAAAUCACAGUGGAAAACUAGACUUCCUCUCUCUGAUGGGCAAGUUCAAGACCAUGCAGACUAGUCCUGUUCAGUAUGGGAGCCACUAGCCAUGUGGCUACUGAGCACUUGAAACGUGGCAAGUCCACAAUGAGAUAUGCUGUAUGUGUAAAAUGCACAUUGAUUUCAAAGACUUAGUGUGAACAAAUACAUAAACUAUCAGAUUAAUAAUUUUAAUUGAUCACAUGUUGAAAUGAUAACAUUUUAGAUAUUGCGUGAAAUAAAAUAUAUUAUCUUAUUUAAAAUAAUAAAUAAAAUAAUAAAUAAUUUAAAA